AUGAGAGCAAGCAUUGACACCAACUGGUCAGUAGGUGGCGUUUUCGAGAAGCGCCUCAGUCAACAACUACCGUUCACGCUUGCGUUGUCUGGAAUAUUUAAUCAUGCUAAGGUAGCCGGAAAGUUUGGUCUUGGUCUAAUCAUCGGUUGA